AUGGCUUCUCUAAACACUGAUACUGCUCGUUCCAUCCUCAUUGGGAAGCAAAAGGUCCAAGUCCAUGCUCAUGCCAAAAUCGUCCAUGGCAAAGACCGCCGCAAUGGUUCAGAUGUCUCAGACACUGAAUACCCUACCGUUCCUAUCCCCGCCUUCCUCGCCGAGGAAGCUUCAUCAAACGACAGCUAUCGCGCUUCACAACCUCCCUCUCUGAGAUCAUCAUUGAGUCCAGAGUCGGUCGGUUCACCCGACACCAACACCACAGCGCCCGCUUCCGUGAUCGGACACUCUGAGUCAAAGGGUCACGACCUCAUUGCUCCUAUUCCUCGUCUUCCUCUCUCGAUUAGCAAUAACACAUCUGUUGGUUCUCGAUCUGAUGCUGGCCACUCUUCUACUCCUUCGGUUGAUAAUGAGAUCACACCUGUUCCUCAACCCUCGGCUGAGCGCGAUAAUGCUCCCGAGUUUAAGAAAGAUGGUGCCGAUCAGGCUAAGCCCAAGCGCGGUAAGAGAAAGGUCACUACUCAAAAAUACAUUCUCACAUCUGGUCUGAUUGCAGUCAACUUCAUGUUCAUCUUUGCCAGUUGGUAUUGGCCCAGGUACUACUUCAUCUACCUCCCCUUCAUUUCCUUCCCCCUCGUCCUCAACUGUGUCAUGAUUGCUUCCAUCGCCGUCUUCACCUUCAUCCACUGGGUCAGUCCCGAGAAGCAAAUCAAGCCCGAAUCCCCCGAGAACAUGGUCUACGUCAUUCCCUGCUACAAUGAGACAUUCGAAGAGUGCACUCGCUCCCUCGACUCCCUUGUCAACCAGACCGGUCUUGAGAACCACAAUAAGGGCAUCAUGGUCAUCUGCGAUGGUCGCGUUCGUGGUCCUGGCAUGACAAAGACCACUGGCGAUUACCUAAAUGAGGAUAUCUUCCUUCACCAGACACAGAGGAAGAAGAUUCGUGGCGCUUACACUGCUUGGGACGGCCAGGAGAUGGACAUUGAGAUCUCCAAGGGCUUCUACAAGGGCAUGCCCUUCUACUGCAUCGUCAAGGACCAGAACCAGGGCAAGCGUGACAGUCUCAUUGUUAUUCGAUCAUUUCUCUACAAGUUCAACACCCGUGCCCAGAACCCUGAGUCCAUCUUCUCGCGCGAGUUCCUUGACUCCAUGACCAGCUGGCUUGAGAAUGAGGUCAAGAUGGAUAAUGUCGAUCAUCUCAUUGGAAUGGAUGCCGAUACCGUCUUUGAGGAGAAGUGUGUCACUGAGCUUCUCAAGGAGUCUUACUACCCCAACACUGUCGGUGUCUGUGGUUACGUCGCUGUUGACUUCAAGGAUGGUAACUGGAACCUCUGGUCCAUCUACCAAUCUGCCGAGUAUACCAUCGCCCAGGGUCUUCGUCGUCUUCAUCAGUCCAUCGCUACCAAGAAGGUCUCUUGUCUUCCCGGCUGCUGCCAGCUCCUCAAGAUCUGCGACGAAACCUGUGGCGAUCUCGUUCUCAUCGACCUCUUCGGCUACUUCCCAAAGCACAUGGACGGUAUGCUCAAGCGUAUCCGUGCUACAGCCUCAGAGGAUCGCAACCACAUUUGCCAAUUGCUCGUCACCUUCCCUCACGCUCAGACUCGCCAGGCUCUUCAAGCCCGAGCUUAUACUGAUGUCCCUCACUCUUGGAACGUCUUCCUCUCUCAGCGUCGUCGAUGGACCCUUGGUGCUACUAGCAACGAUCUUCUCCUCUUCUGUGCUUGGAACACUCAAUGGUGGGAGCGCAUCGUUGCCUUUUCCAACGUUCUCACCUGGUCUCUCAACGUGUUCGUCAUUGCAUCGAUUGGUUGUAUGAUUGUCGCUUUCAUGAGUCAACCUUGGUGGUUGAUCAUGUGUUUCGCUGGUGUCAUGAUCAUUCCUCUUCUUUACUACGUGAUCAUGGCAACUUGGCUCCCUCGCAACCUUGUUGAGCGUGCUCAGUUCAUUCUGGGUCUCGCUGUUUUUGUCUUCUUGGGUCCUUUCCUCAACAUUGCUGUUAUGCUUUACGCUGUUGUCAACAUGGACAACUUUGGUUGGGGUAAGACAAGAAAGGUUAUCACUGAUGACUCUAAAGAGGAGAAGUCAUCGCAGAAGGAGGGUGUUGUCUCCGAUAGCAGCUCGGCUGAGCCUAAGGAGAAGACUGCUACUGCAGUGUAG